AUGGUGCUCCCUUUUGCUGGCUUAUUGCCAGAGGGUAGAGGAACCAUGAUUUCAUGCCAGGUUGAUACUAGGCAUUCUGAGGGAUAUGUUGUUCUCAAUUUUACUGUUGUUUUCAUUACUACUUUCGAAUUGUUGUUGAACAAAAUUUUCUCACUUGCUUUUUGUAUUGCUACAUUUACAUUCUCUUUUCUUGAUAAAGGGAAAAGGAUUAUGGUAGUAGGGAAGGGUGCACACUGUGUUACUGGCUUGCACUGUGUUACUGGUUUGCACUGUCUUGGAGUCUGGAUGAUAAUUUCUGUAUGGAUGGUGACUUCAUCGUUUUUCUUCGUUUAA